AUGCAAGCUCCUUCAGGUGGAUAUGGAGGUGGAGAUGGUGUUUCAGGACCAUUGAAUCCAUUCGUAGUCUCUCCUCCUCCUCCCGAUAGUAAAGAAGAUGAGAUUCCAGGAUAUGUAAAGAGGUUUGGAGCGUAUCAUACUCUGACAGAAGGUGUAUUUCUUCCAGCAGGAACACUAUUACCCAAAGGUGCAUCAUUCGCUAUGCAAUCAACUAUAGAUUUCGGAUUGCAUUUUCCUAAAGGCACCAAAGUUCCUGGAGGUUUUUUAUUACCUGUAUCUGUUGUAUCUAAAGAUCAGACCAAGAAAGAUCCUCCUCCUACUGAUAAUCCCGUGUGUUCGAUUCAGUGA